GGCCGUCUCUGCAAAAGCCAACGGAGUGAGUGAAGGGCGGAGUGUAUCCUCGCGAAUUGCAGCGAUGGCGAAGUUUGUGCUUGUUCUCAAUUCGGGGAGUUCCUCGCUCAAUGCCAUGUUUCCUCUCCUUCGCUAUAUUCUGAAGAUAGAGCAAUCGUGACAUGCUUACAAGCUGCUUACAUAAUCCCAGGGAAGUAUCCUUCGCAAGGGAGAAGUAUAAGCCUCGCGAUUCUAAUAAUUUGGAAAAUUUUCGGAUUUUUGUGGAUCUGAUAAAAUUGUUAAAAAUUCUCAUUUGGUACUAUGUUGACGAUGGCAUUUGCAUUUAGAUACAUUUUAUUCACUUGAUGUAUUAUUGGUACGGGAACAUGUCCAAAGUGGUGAGCAACUUUUUCUUCUGCUUGCCAAUCUUCAAUUGUAGGAUUAUAAAAACUUACGGUAUUGUUUUCCGAAAUAGAUGUUUGUAUGUGUCUCUGUUUAAUUUUUUUAUUUUUAAAGCUCAUGUAAGUUACAGGAUCUCAAUCAUUCUUUUCCACCUCGUUUCCGGGGCCUUUCACCUCUUCAUCUGAACUUUUCCUUUGAAGAAAAGUCUUUUUAAUUUGUUAUGUGAUAAAUAGUUACUUAAGAUGCUCGUCAACAUUUGUAGGUAUGCCCUCUACGAUCUCGCAAAAGCAGCCACAUGCAUUUCUGUAGGUAUCGUCGGUGGCAUUGGCACCGAAAGAAGCUUUAUCUCUCACAAGAAUGUUCAAACGUCUCAGGAUGUGACACUACAAGGUCUAGAUAUCGGACACCACAAACAAGGCCUUCAAAAGGUGCUGGACCUUCUUCGCUUAGGAGAGGGUAGUUCUCAUAAUGUCAUGGCUGUUGGCCACCGGGUAGUGCACGGAGGAGAGGCUUUAACACGGCCUACACUUGUCACUGAAAGUGUGAAACAAGCCAUCGAAAAAGCUGCCCCGCUUGCUCCUCUUCAUAAUCCUCCUAACCUUGAGGGAAUUCUAGUUUCAGAAGAGAUAUUUGAAUGCCCUCAGGUAGCUGUCUUCGACACAGCUUUCCACUCAACAAUGCCACCUGCCGCUUACCAUUAUGCUAUUCCAUACAAUCUUUAUGAAGAGCUAGGCAUUCGGAGGUAUGGAUUCCAUGGAACAAGCUAUCAAUAUCUUCUUGGACAAGUCUCUAACAUCCUUGGGAAGUCUCAAGCAGAUGUGAAUAUGAUUGCUCUGCAUCUUGGAGCAGGAGCAAGUAUGGCUGCAAUCAGGAAUGGCAAGUGCAUUGAUACAUCAAUGGGUGUCACUCCAUUGCAGGGGUUGGUUAUGGCGACACGAUCAGGUGACAUUGAUCCAGCUAUUAUUCAGAUAUUAGCAUCUGAAAAGGGCAUGGAUGUCGAUGAGGUUACCAACAUGUUGAACAAGAAGAGUGGAUUGUUCGGUUUAUGCGGGGAGAAAGACCUGAGGUCUGUGUGGGAUGCUGCUGAAGCUGGAAAUGCAAGGCACAAAUUAGCUCUUGAAGUUUACGUGCAUCGCAUUCGCUCAUACCUAGGAUCUUAUUUUUUCCAGCUGGAAGGACAGGUUGAUGCCUUGGUAUUCAGUGCAGGAGUAGGGGAGGCAUCAGGCAGGACUCGUGCUCUUAUCUGUGAAGGCUUAGAGAAGUUCGGUAUCGAAAUCGACUCCAGUCAAAAUGGGGAAGGGAAAUUAAAAGAGGCCAAGGCAAUACAUAAGAAGGGUUCAAAAGUGCAGAUCCUGGUUAUACCUACAAACGAGGAGCUCUCUAUCGCUCAGCAAACACUGCAAGUUGUGGAGGCACAGCAACAGCACAUGAAACGUUGAGGUGGAUUGAUCGGAUCUAUUGUGUUUUGUUCAGAAGUUGUGUAGAAAUAUGGUAUUCCG